GAUUGUGUAGGCUGCGGCUGCUGAGAGAGAAAGCCCGAGAUGUUUACUGGGGAAACCAGGAGUAGCGUCUGUCCCCUGUGCCUCGGUGAGGUGGGGAGGUUUUCAGGAGGAAGGAGGGGACAGGGAGUAGGUGGAGUGAUGCACCGAACUUACUAGCUUUGACAUCAUCAUUGUCUUUAAAUGAAACAAACAAGAAGAUAAUUACAGGCAGAGAGAGAAGGAGAGAGGAGAGCAGGAGACACCGGAGAGAACAGGUCCCCUGAAGUACAUGCUCUUCUUCUCGCUCUCUUUCCCAUCUGCCCAGGGACCCACAAGACUCCCAGAAGGUGAAGUCAAGGGCUCUCAGACUCAUAAGGUUAUUAGGACACCAGACUGGCAUCCCCAAGGAGAACUUUACGGAGACUUGCAACAUACCAACAAGUUGGAAGGGGAUUAAAAAACCUUCAACACUCCACAAGCCCAAGCACCAGGCUGAGGGAAACAUUCUGACCUGCACAGGCAGACUGGGCUCUGGCUGAGGAGGACCUCUGGAGAGCAAAAGCUAAGUACCAGCUUGGAUUUUUGUGCCCCCAGGUUCCUUUUGCAAUGUUAGAUAGAAGCAUCAAAUUCUGUGCCUCUGGAUGCAAGUUCCUCUAACGAUUUGUUCGAAGGUGGAUGUAGCUUAGGAUAAGGGCUACAGAAAGAACGUAACUCCUAGGGAAGGAAGAAGGAGAAAGGAAUGAAAAUGAGAAGAUUAGCGUCUUUUUCAUGACUUCAGGUAGGGAGCGGUAUGUGUUUGUGAGGGAGUGUGUGUGUGAGAGGAUCUGGCUCCUGUCUGUGUGUCCCUCUUCUAGGAUCGGCGGGGGGAGGGGCUACUGAAGAAGGGACCAAAAAAAAAAAAAAAAAAGAAAGAAAGAAAGAAAGAAACCUGAGCUCUCUAGGAGGAGGUUCCAAGGAACCCAGAGAAAUGAACUUCGUUCUGCAAGGACUGAACUAGAGUCAGGAGAGCCAGGUCAGGGGAGAAGGAGGGAAGCACAGCACUCACCGGCUGGUAGCCAGAAGAGACACACUUUUGGGGCUGCUCCUAAAAGUUUGGUCUGUGAACAAAACCGUUUCCCUGGUGACUGCGAAUCCACUGCUAGCCGUCUCUUUCUCUUCUCCCCAUCAUUCCUGUGUGGUACCCAGAAGUUGACUUCUGGUUCUGUAUAAAGAGCUGGGGGAGGUAUGAUGUGUCUAAAGAUCCUGAGAAUCAGCCUGGUGAUUCUGGCUGGGUGGGCAUUCAGUACUGCCAGCUCUGAGCCAGGCUGGCCACGCAAGAGAUCUGUGGCUCAGAGGGGACACCUGAACCAGGUGCUGUCGGAAGGAGAACGCUGUUGGCUGGGGGCCAAGCUGAGAAGACCCAGAGCUGCUCCCCAGCAUCAUCUCUUUGGGGUCUACCCCAGCAGGCCUGGGGACCACCUGAUACCCUACCCUGUGGGGGGUCAGGGAACCCGCCAUGCAGGACACAGUAAACCAGAUGCCGCGGGGGGCCUGGCCACGAGCCCAGCCAGAAGUGGGGGGCCGAGGGGUGAAGCUGAGCAGCCAGCCACCCCGUGGUCCUGGCAUGAUCCUCCUGGGCGGGCUGAGCUGCGGAGAGACAGUGACACUUAUCUUGGAGAUGGAGGAUCCAAGGAGAUUCCAGGUGAGGCUGAGACUCAGGAGCGCUCGGCCACGGCUGCCACCGUUACCACCACCUUCGUGGGCCCAAAGGAACCCCAACCCGAGAGCCGAAGGAACGGCCGGGCCAAGACCAGGCAUCGCCGACAGGUGGUGAAGGGGCAGGCGGGGGGCGUGCGGGGAGACCCCGGUGUCCCCCUCCGGCAUUUCCAGCCUCGGCCUGAGCAUCCUCUUGUGCACGGGGGCAGAACCAGUCUGACAGCGGACAGCAUCCAGAAGGGUGGAGGGGACCCCCACUGGGAAGCAGAGACCUUUAACCCCCGCGGAGGCUUGCCGGUCUUGUACUUCUCGGGGAGGCGGGGGCGGCUGCUGCUGCGCCCCGAAGUGCCGGCUGACAUUCCCCGGGAGGCCUUCACGGUGGAAGCCUGGGUGAGACCAGAGGGAGGACAGAACAACCCAGCCAUCAUUGCAGGUGUGUUUGAUAACUGCUCCCACACUGUCAGUGACAAGGGCUGGGCCCUAGGGAUCCGCUCAGGGAAGGACAUGGGAAGGCGAGAUGCUUGCUUCUUCUUCUCCCUUCGCACCGACCGUGUGAAGAAAGCCACCAUUGUGACUGGCCACAGUCGCUACCAACCAGGCACAUGGACACACGUGGCAGCCACUUAUGAUGGACAGCGUAUGGCCCUGUAUGUGGAUGGCACUCGGGUGGCUAGUAGUCCAGAGCAGUCUGGUCCCCUGAACAGCCCCUUCAUGGCGUCUUGUCGCUCUUUGCUUUUGGGGGGGGAUAGCUCUGAGGAUGGCCACUAUUUUCGUGGACACCUGGGUACACUGGUCUUCUGGUCGACCGCCCUCCCACAAAGCCACCUCCAACACAGUCCUCAGCAUCCAACUGGAGUGGAAGAACUGAGCACCCUGAUCCUGACAGCCAGUUUUGAGCCCUUGGAAGAACAGUGGGCCCCCUUUAGGGAUGGGGAGUAUCCACGGCGUGAGGUUCUGCAGGGCUUUGAGCCUGAGCCUGAGAUUCUGUCACCUUUGCAGCCCCCACUCUGUGGGCGGACGGUUUGUGACAAUGUGGAGCUGAUCUCCCACUACAAUGGGCACCAGCCCCUCCAGGGAGAGAAGGUGAUCCGCUACCAAGUGGUGAACAUCUGUGAUGACGAGGGCCUGAACCCCAUCGUGAGCGAGGAGCAGAUCAGCCGGCAGCACAAGGCACUGAACCAUGCCUUCAGCCGCUACAACAUCAGUUGGCAGCUGAGUGUCCACCAGGUCCACAACUCCACCCUGCGCCACCGGGUUGUGCUUGUGAACUGUGAGCCCAGCAAGAUUGGCAAUGACCACUGUGACCCUGAGUGCGAACACCCACUGACGGGCUAUGACGGGGGUGACUGCCGCCUGCAUGGCAGGUGCUACUCCUGGAACCGCAGGGAUGGGCUCUGCCACGUGGAGUGCAACAACAUGCUGAAUGACUUUGACGAUGGGGACUGCUGUGACCCCGAGGUGACUGAUGUGCACAAGACCUGCUUCGACCCCGACUCACCCAAGAGGGCAUACAUGAGUGUGAAGGAGCUGAAGGAGGCACUGCAGCUCAACAGUACGCACUUCCUCAAUGUCUACUUUGCUAGCUCAGUGCGGGAAGACCUUGCUGGUGCUGCCACCUGGCCUUGGGACAAAGAAGCCAUCAGUCACCUGGGUGGUGUUGUCCUCAACCCAGCCUAUUAUGGCAUGUCUGGCCAUACCAACAUUAUGAUCCAUGAGGUGGGACAUGUCCUGGGACUCUACCAUGUCUUCAAAGGGGUCAGUGAGAGGGAAUCCUGUGAUGACCCCUGUAGGGAGACAGUGCCAUCCAUGGAUACAGGAGACCUCUGUGCCGACACUGCCCCUACUCCCAAGAGUAAGCUGUGCCAGGACCCAGAGCCUACCAAUGACACCUGUGGCUUUACCCACUUCCCAGGGGCUCCAUUCAGCAACUACAUGAGCUAUACAGAUGAUGACUGCACCAACAGCUUCACCCCUAACCAAGUGGCCCGGAUGCAUUGCUAUUUGGAUCUUGUGUAUCAGCAGUGGAGUCAAAAUCGGAAGCCCACCCCCAUUCCCCUCCCACCCAUGGUCAUUGGGCAGACCCACACAUCCCUCACCAUCCACUGGCUUCCUCCAAUUAGUGGGGUUGUGUAUGACAGGGUCCCAGGCAGUGUGUGUGGUGCCUGCACUGAAGAUGGGACAUUCCGUCAGUACGUGCACACAGCUUCCUCCCGGCGUGUGUGUGACUCCUCAGGUUACUGGACUCCAGAGGAGGCUGUGGGGCCUCCAGACGUGGACCAGCCUUGUGAGCCGAGCUUGCAGGCCUGGAGUCCUGAGCUCCACCUGUACCAUAUGAACAUGACGGUGCCCUGCCCUGCAGAAGGCUGUAGCCUGGAGCUGCUCUUCCAGCACCCGGUCCAAGCUGACACCCUUACCCUAUGGGUCACCUACCUCUCCAUGGACUCCUCCCGGGCACUCUUUGACACGGAGAUCUUGCUGGAACACCAGGAUUCUGUGCACCUGGGCCCCUUAGACACUUUCUGUGACACCCCACUCACUAUCAAACUGCAUGUCGAUGGGAAGGUCUCAGGGGUGAAAGUCUACACCUUUGAUGAGCGGAUGGAAAUUGAUGCAGCUCUGCUGACUUCCCAGCCCCACAGUCCCUUGUGCUCUGGCUGCAGGCCUGUGAGGUACCAGGUUCUCCGUGAGCCCCCAUUUGCCAAUGGCUUGCCCAUGGUGGUGACAAAUCCUCACAGGAAGUUCACGGACGUGGAGGUCACACCGGGGCAGAUGUAUCAAUACCAAGUUCAAGCUGGAGCUGGGACAGAUCUGGGAGAAGCUUCACCUCCGCUGAGCCAUAUCCAUGGAGCUCCUUACUGUGGAGAUGGGAAGGUGGCGGGGAGCCUGGGAGAAGAGUGUGAUGAUGGGGACCUUCUGAGCGGAGAUGGCUGCUCAAGGGCGUGCCAGCUGGAGGAAGGCUUCCACUGUGCAGGGGAGCCAAGCCUAUGUUACAUAUAUGAGGGAGACGGGAUAUGUGAACCUUUUGAGAAGGAAACCAGCAUCAUAGACUGUGGCCUCUAUACUCCCAAAGGAUACCUGGAUCAAUGGGCCACCCAAGCUUACUCCUCUCAUGAAGACAAGAAGUGUCCUGCUUCCUUGGUAACUGGAGAACCUCAUUCAAUGAUUUGCACAUCACACCAUCCAGAUUCACCAGAGCACUAUCCCCUUACUGGCUGGUUUCCCUGUGUCACCAAUGGAAAUAGACCUCAGGAUAAAAGAAGUGAGCAGACAGAAGGUAGCCUGGAGAGAGAGGAUGAGGUGUGGCUAAAAGUGUGUUUCAGUAGACCAGGAGUGGCCACGGCAGUUUUCGUUUUCUUGACAUCUGAUGGCCCAGUACUCAGAGAACAUCAGCGGCCGACAGUGACUGUUCACCUGACCGAUGUCAGUGGGAACAACCACUCUCUUGGAACCCAUGAGCUGUCAUGCCAGCAUAACCCACUGGUUAUCAAUGUGACCCAUCACCUGGCGGUCCUCUCCCACCAUACCACCUCAGUGCUGCUGAAUUUCUCAUCCCCAUUGGUGGGCAUCUCAGCAGUGGCUCUAAGGACAUCUUCCCACAUAAGUCCUUCAACUCCCAAUAAGUGCAUCCCAGAGCAUGAGGGGCAAAAUCAUCAGGGACAGAGCUGUGUCCAUCGGCCCUGUGGGGAGCAGGGCAGCUGUGUGCCAUUGCUGCUUGAUCAUGCGGAUAUGGUGAACUGUACCUCUGGUGGCCCAGGUCACAUGAAGUGUGCUAUUACCUGUCAAAGGGGGUUUGCCCUUCAGGCCAACAGUGGGAAAUACCUCAGGCCUAUACAGAAGGAAAUUCUGCUCACAUGUUCCUCUGGGCACUGGGACCGGAUUGUGAGCUGCAUGCCCCUUGAUUGUGGCGUUCCCCACCCAUCUUUGGUGAACUAUGCGACCUUUUCCUGCUCAGAGGGAACAGACUUUCUGAAACGCUGUUCAGUCUCCUGUGUCCCACCAGCCAAGCUUCAAGGACUGAACCCGUGGUUGACCUGUCUUGAAGAUGGGCUCUGGUCCCUCCCCGAAGCCUACUGCAAGUUGGAGUGUGACGCUCCUCCUGUUAUCCCGAAUGCCAGCUUGCUCCUGCCUCCCUGCCUCCAGCACAACCAUGACGUGGGCUCCGUCUGCAGAUACGAAUGCAAACCAGGCUACUAUGCCGUGCCGAGUGCGGACAGUAAAGUCAGGAGCAACUUCCUGAAGAUACAGUGCCUGGAGGGUGGAAUCUGGGAGCAAGGCAGCUGCAUCCCAGUGGUGUGUGAGCCCCCUUCUCCUGUCUUUGAAGGCAUGUAUGAAUGUACCAAUGGCUUUGAGCUCAACAGCCAGUGUAUGCUCAACUGUAACCAGGAAAGUGGAAGGCGUCCCAUCCUCUGCACUAAGGAGGGACUGUGGACUGAGGAGUUCAAGUUGUGUGAGAACCUGCAAGGGGAGUGCCCACCACCCCCUUCGGAGCUGAAUUUUGUGGAGUAUAAGUGUGAACAGGGAUACGGAAUUGGUGCAGUGUGUUCCCCAUCGUGCGUAAUUCCCCCUAGUGAUCCUGUAAUUCUUCCUGAGAACAUCACUGCUGACACUCUGGAGCACUGGAUGGAACCUGUCAAAGUCCAGAGCAUCGUAUGCACUGGGCGGCGCCAAUGGCACCCAGACCCGGUCCUGGUCCACUGCAUUCAGUCGUGUGAGCCUUUCCAAGCAGAUGGAUGGUGUGAUACCAUCAACAACCGGGCCUACUGCCACUAUGAUGGGGGAGACUGCUGCUCUUCCACGCUCUCCUCCAAGAAGGUCAUUCCAUUUGCUGCUGACUGUGACCUGGAUGAAUGCACCUGCCGAGACCCCAAGGCUGAAGAAAAUCAGUAACUGUGGGAUCAAGCCCCUCCUUCCACUGCCCUGGAGGCAGGAAGAAAGAGAGGCCUCCAUAGCAGAAAACAAAAGGUGAAUGAAGAAGAAAUGUUGUGAAAUGAAGGAAGGAGGAAGAGCAUGAGGAUCUUACAGACAUGCAGGAGAAUGUUUAUAGGUGCCAACUGUUGCAUCAGGUAGUCCAAGUAGGGAAGAAUCACAGGCAAAAGUUUCUUCAAAGAGGCAGUUGAUUAAAAGUGGAAGGAGAAAUAUGAUAGAUAUACAAGGACCCUCCUCCCCCAUUUAUAUUCUAUUCAACCCCAUCCUCAACUCUUGCCCUACUCCCCGCUCUGCACCCCGCCAACUAUUCAGCCCCACCCAACUUGUAAACCAAUACCAAAAUACUAGAAGAGAAGUUGCCAGGGACACUCUGUUAACACCCAUUUUGAAUGGAUUGCCAUCUUUCAGGGCUCAUCUACUCUAAACUGGCUCCCUUUCUUUCGUGUAGUCUCCUUUAGUAAUAAUGAGGUUAGUUAUUAAUUCUUUAUAGGUAUUUAAACAUAAUUAUAUAAAUCUAUUAUAUAUAUUAUAUUUUUUGCUGUCUACUAAGCUAAAAAUUAUACAUUGUUCCACAUAUUGCUGCUGUGAAGUUCACUUCCAAAAUGAAUCCUGAGGGUUUGAGGACAGCAAGAAAAGUUGUUCUGCCAUUUUUCUAUUGAUGGGGGUUGGCAGGUUGAAAGGGAAGUGGUGAAGGGGAGGGAGAGAGAAAUUAGGUGUUCUUGAUAUGAACAUGUCAGCUAAUCAUCUUUCAUGAGCAGGAAGCUGGGCCCAGUUUGAGGAGAUGAAGGGUUGGGAUGAUAACAUUAAGAGGCAUGGCAAGUUGGGUGGGAGUACCUAUUGGUGCUGGGGCAGGAGAACCAGACUGUGGUUCUUGUGUAUCUAUCCAAAAAGAAUAUAUUCACUACUUUUCACUUCUCAGAACUCUUAGUUGGAGUUAGUGAGACCCAGGAUUCUCUACAUUCCCAUAUGUGCCUGUUCCAAGGGUGGCUCUUACCCUCCAGUCAGUGAGCAAGUUUAUACUGGGGCUUGUUCUCUGAUUGCCAGGAUUACAGGAACUCACACAUUCCUCAUGGUUGGCCUGUGCCCUCUCUCCUUCUGAGUCCCCAAACCUGGCUAUCAUUCACAGACACAUGACCAAUCGCUGAUCUGGGGAAAAAAAUGUUAUGGACAUGACAUAGGGAGAAAAUGGGAGGAGACAGAAGAACAGGCAGAGAUGGGGGAGCCAAAGGAGGCCAUAGAGAUGGGAGAGGCCAGGAGUAAAUUAGAGCCCCAGGCAGGAGGAUGAAAUGAGUCAAAGAGACUUGGGCUUGUUCCAAGUCUCCAGAACAGAUCGGAGGGGAAUCCUUCAAGCAAUGCAGGAUCUGAGGUAAAUUCUAUUCGAGUACAACAUAUAUCCAUGACCUAGAGUUUUUGAUUGAGCAGGCUAUGGAAACACAUGGAGCAAGGGUGACACUCUGUGGGAAGAGAGAAGAAUUUCAACUUAUUUAGGGUCCAUUUUGUUGUCAUUAUCCUUUCUUGUUCAAUAGAUGGACUGUGGGUAAAAUGACCACAUUAACCUGCCUCUAUUUACAUCCCAGGCUUACUCUUUUUGCACAUGGUCUAUUGCAGUU